ACAUCAUGUUAUCUACUGAACUUGCUCGUGAACGCGACUUCGUAGUGUAUGUCACAAAUCCGUACUGCACGUUAAAGCGCUCGCGGACGGAAACACAGUUGGUGGGGAAACACGUAAAAUAUAACGCCCAUAGCCAAGCAUUCUGAUGAAGUUCCGCAAUGAUGGUAGGGGUGGCGUAGUAGUGUGUGAUCGUAGUUUUGUACAUACAUAAUUGUGAAGUUAUGGAAAAAUGUAUCUGAAACGCACGUCGAAAUUCCUGGAUCUGUCGGUGUCGCGGGCUACCGCAGAUGUGCACAUACGUGACUUUCUGUGUCCGGUUUGCCGUGGCAUUCUCAUUGAACCAGUGACGCUGCCGUGCACACAUAACCUCUGUCUGCGUUGCCUCAAGGGUACGUUCGAGCACAAUAGUCUGGCUUGUCCGUUGUGCCGGGUCCGAGUGGGCUCGUGGCUACGAAACGCUACCAAGUCCGAGACCCUGGUAAACCAUGGCCUGUGGGAGCUCAUUCGGACCAAGUUCCCGAAGGAGGUCGAGAGCAAGCACAAUGGCGAAGAGAGGGAUCUCGAUUUGGACGUCGAGUAUACAACUAAUAGAAAACUUAGUGCUCCUGGAGAGAUACGUAAAGAAUAUGAAGCUCAACUUCAAAUGGCUGAAGAAGAAAUACGACGUAGAAGAGAAGCUGAACAAAUGGCCAGCGAAGCCUUGAUUCAGAAGAUUCAGGCAGAAGAGCAGCAGAUAUUGCUGGCUCAGUUGGCACAGGAUCAAUUGCUAGCCAAGACUAUGGCAAAGCAACAAGUAGCAGAGAAACAAAAGGAAACAAAAUGUUACAAUAACUGUUUGAGUGCAUCAGUAUCACGUUAUGUUUUAGAUGCACCCAAAUUCAAGACCACGCUUGUAAAUAAUGUCGAAGCCUCACUAGCUGAAAGUGCACAGUCGGCAGGCAGGCAGAUAAGUCUUCCUAGCUCAAAGCUGAGACAGACAAAUAUGGUAUUGUUAGAGAGUGAAACAAUUCAUUCUGAUGUGCACAGAUCCAACGAGAUAAACGCGGCAAGUGUCCAUAAGGAUCAGUAUUGCCAAAAACGAAUGCCCAUUUACAACGCCAUUACAAAAAAGUUGAAACAUCAUACUUCCAAGUUUCCUCAAACCUGCACUUCAAAUUAUCCUGGUGAUCCUGGAUGUUCCACAUCCGGCAAUUACGCUACGGAAACUAAAGAAGAAUUGCGCAUACCGAGUGACGUGGUAAACAAUAAAAAAAAGAGUUUAGGUGUAGAGGUUUGCAUGACGGUGGCCGACGAUGACGAGAGAAUUGGAAGCGCCGAAAGCUCCGGCAGUCAUGAUAGUAUUAAUCAAGAGAUUCAUCAUUUUAAACCUAUCAAGACAGUACCACGGACAGAAUUGAAAAUUUCUUCCGAUGGAAAACCGAUAAAUCCAAAACUGAUUAGGACGAUUCCUAUUUUAAAGAAAAUACCUAACGCAGUGCCAAAACCUCCUUCGCCAACGCGCGCAAAACGCAUCAUUGGAUGUUCCUGGAGUGCUUUCAAAGGCAGAAUAAAACAGGACGCGAAGAGAAAACAAGCUGCGUACAAUUCAGAAGAUAUGGAAUUAGCAAUCGAUCAAAAACCAUCGACAUCGACGCUCGACUGCUCUCUAAUAAUGUCGAAUAAAUUGGAGAUAAAACCUCAGACAAACGAUGCUAUCUGCCGACUCGACUUUAUGCCAGAGUCGUCAUUUGACAGUAACAAGAAUUAUACAAAGACUACAAACAAAAUAAUUAACGGUACUAAAAUCGGCAAAAAAGUGUCGGACGAUGAGUCGGCAAGAAAACCUCGUAAAUCAUGGCGAGAAACUCGUGUACGGAGCAAUGCAAUAACGAAACUCAAGAAACACAGAAAUCUUCGAAGCAAUAGAAAAGAGAGUGAACUCGUUUUGAUAACGACAGAUGAAGAGGAUGACAAUCAAACGGAUCUGAAUUUGGCGUGUGAUAAAUCAAGUCUGCAAAACGACAAACAGGCUAGCAACAACGUGGUUGUGACUGAAAAUAUAGAAGAGCAGGUAAAAAGAAAAAAAGAAAACAAAACAAUGAUGUCAAAAUCCAAUACGUCCAAAAAAGGCAAAACAAUAACAAAAAAGAGAGCAUCACCCGAAGAAUCAGACGAAAGUUCUGCAGCGGAUCAAAUUUUGUGUUCGUCAUCUCAACAGACGGACAAGUCUGAGGCAAAUUCACAAAGAACAAAGCAACGAAAGGUAAACAGGACUUUUAAUAAUAAAAAGGAGCCGGAAGAGAAUCAACUUCCAACGAGUGUGAACAACAAACUCGCUGCGUCCGGUUGGAGGAAAUCUACGCGAAACUUGACAAAAAAUUCUUCCCAAGCAAGUGACAGCAAAUUAAAUAACACGCACAACAGCAAGCUCAACUAUGAUUCACCGCCGGAAUCUUGCGACGAAACGGAAUUGUGUGUCUCGGAGAAUAAUCACGAUGCCGAUAAAGUUUGCUCGGAUGAAGAAGUGAUUAAGCAGCAACAACGGAUCGAGCGAUUGUUACUGCAGGAGCAAAAAGAUUACGAGCUGGCGCGCCGCUUGCAGGCGCAGUUUGACGAGAUGGAGCAAAUAGCCACGCGUACCAGACGAGGUUCGAGGAGAAAUGCCGAAGUAGAAUUGCGCGUGAUCGACGACGUGACGAGAACAGUCUACGAAACGAGCAAUACGCGCAAAACCGCCAAACGGAAGUCGACCGUCAAGCAAGUUGUAAAUACUGCAAUAAAGAGAAAGUGUGGAAGGCCCCCGAAGCGCACAAAAGAAGAGACACGUGUGCGAUAAUCGCGCCUAAAUACGCGCUAUAAUCAUACAGUUGGAUGUUCCUAUAAAAACGUAUGGUCGAAGAAAGGAGAAAAGGUUCGAUUGCGCCGCGGCUUUGCAAAAUGUUCUUGCGUAUUUUAACAAGAAAUCAUUUAUGUCAUUUCAAAUGCGUACCUGGAUACAAUGCGAGAAUUUAUAUACGCGAGAUCGUUUGAAUCUUCAGAUUUUUAUAACGUUUUCAAUGUUAAUUUUAGUCGAUCGAACGUCAAAGACGCGUUUGUGUGCCGUUUUUCUGUUCCUAACAUAUCAAUUGUGCACAUUUUAAAGAUGUAAGAGAACACGCUGUUUACGUUUUCAUUUAUCACGCAUCCCGGAACACUCAGUCCUUUAACAGAUGUUUUUCAAUCAAGUUUGUGCCGAGAGAGGUGUUUUUUUACAAGUUCUGCGUGAAAGAAUAAGAUUGAAGUCGGAAUUUCUCGGAUAUACAUCUCUAUUGUUUUUAUUGAUUCUUGAUAGAAAACCGAGAUCGCAUUACAUAUAAUCAAAACGGAAGAGUGACAAUAUGCGAACCAGACGUUGAAUCAGGCCGGGAAGAACAAAAGAGAACAGAGUGUACGUCCGCUAUUUCGAUGACAAGAGAUAUAAUAGAUUUAAAAAAUUGUAGUUUUAUACCGUGAUUACAUUUAUUUUUUAAGAGAGCUUAUCUAUUAAAUAGGCUUAAGUCGCUACUCGUCGCGGUAGUUCCGUAACAAUAUUAGAUAUAAAAUGCGCAGAUUAGCUUUUUUUUUUCUUUCUUAAAAGUUCGAUUACAAGCUAACAGCUGGCUCUUGAUACCGGCUAGAACAUACCAAACGCGGAGUCACGUUCGUUUGCACGCGAUGUUUGAUCAAGGGCUAACUGAUGACUUCUAUCGCGAUUUCUAACAAAUACUUCUAUAGAGCUGCUUUAUUGCGAGAUAGCUCGUACACGUACUUAUAUUUCUACAUAUCGUUUUCUGUGAACGAUGGUUGAAGUUAAAUGAAAUUCAUACAUGCUGAUGUGCUUUUAACAAAACGACUUCACGCACACAGAAACAAAGAGAAACGGAAGAGGACGAGAGAGAAGUAAAAAUAAUGCUUCGAUCUUCAACUAACGUUCAGGAAAACGAUAUUUUAAUGUAUAAAAAGUUUGUUACGACAUGUUUACGUAGAUAUCGAUAUGAUUGAAAAGAGCAGAUUAUAGUGAAUAGUCGUAUAUAGCGUUAAACACAGAGGAAGUAUAUGUUUGAUAAGGUCAGCUUGAUAUCGCAAUAUUGUCUAUUGUCAGCUUCGACGGCCUUGAUUAUCUCAUACCGAAUAAAUUUAAUCUAAUUAAUUGUUAUAAGUGUUAUAUUAAGAGAUUUUACAUACUUUGCAUAAUCGCGACAAUUUUGCACAUUUGUUUUAUAUUUUGAAACUUUUACGAGGACACAGAAUCAGUUAUCGAAAAUUUAUAAUUUUCAAUUUAUAGUUUCUUCAGUUAAAUUUCAAGUUUGAUUCAAAUUUUGUCUCGUUCAUUAAUAUUGCAUAUACUUUUUUUUUUGUUUUCAAUCUGCUAAAAUUUUGGGUGGAUGCAAAAGGUUUGAUGAACUUUAUGAUAGAAAAUUAGACUAAAUAAUUUUAUUAAAAAAACGAUUUAUUCAUUCCAUCAAGUAUAACAACAAAAGAUACUAGAAACUACUGGAGAUUAUUUAGUAAAAUGAAUAAAUUGUUUUUAAUAAAAUUAUCUGAUUCACACACACACAAUUUUCAAUUACAAAAUUUAUCAAAAAUUUUGCAUUCAUUCAGUAUACAUCGGAAUAAGUUCAUGUCUUUUCUAUUUGUGAUAAUAUUAAUAUUUUACGUAUCACAGAAAGAGAAAU